AUGAUGCACUUGUCUUACGAGAUGCUAUUGAAAGACCAUGUGGUCUCAGGGUUCCUCAAGGAAAAUAUUAUCUGGUUGACGCAGGCUAUUCAACUAGACCUGGAUUUAUAUCACCUUAUCGAAGUGUUAGAUAUCAUUUACGAGAAUGGGGAGCUCGUUAUGGAUAAUGAAAUACGUAGUAAUAUUAGCUCCAAGAAAAUCAGUGCUUUCAAAUGGAAUUCUAUUAUGAGUAGAUUUUUCAUUCAAUUUAUGGCUGAGCAAGCUAGACAAGGAAUGAAGAUUGACAAGUCUUUUAAGCCUCAAACUCUCAAUGCAGCGGUGGUAGCUGUCAAUGAACAAUUUGGAUGUAAGAUAACCGAAAGCAAUGUUAGGAAUCAUUUGAGAACACUACGAGCGAGAUGGUUACAAAUCAAACAACUCAAGGAGAAAAGCGGUGUUGGGUGGGAUGAGAAAGAGAAAAAAAUAAUAAUGGGAGAAGAUGAGUACAAGACAUAUAUUCAGGCCAAUCCAAAAGAUGAGCCAUAUAUUAAUAAACCGAUCAAUGAUUAUGAAGAGCUGGCUUUGAUAUGUGGCAAUGAUCAAGCGACGGGCAAAUAUACGAAGCAAACUGAUCAAGCACUCGGUGUGAACUUAGAUGGUCCUUCUUUUAUUAACAUUGAUACAACUAACGAGGGUGAUGCUGGUCUGGAUGAUAUAAUAUUCACAGAAUCCUCCCAAUUACCUUCUACUCCUAAGGAAACUACAUCAACCUCUUCAAAAGGCAAAAAUAAAAGAAUUGGUGAAAAAAGGCUACGUGAUAGUGAAACUGAAGUGAUACGUGAAUUAGCAACACAAGUAGGACAAGUCGCAACGGCCUUAAAAGGAACUAGAUCUCUUCAAUUUUCGAAUGAGCUAUUUCAGGAGGUAAUGAAACUACCAUUUUCAGUUGAACAACUCGAAGAUGCUUAUGAUUUUUUAAUGGAGAAUGAUGUGCAAGCUAGAUGCUUUAUGGCAAAGCCUUUGGAGAUGCGUAUGAAAUGGAUGCAACGCUUUCGGCGAACAAGAUUCUAUUCUGAUGAGGAUGAACCAAAUCCUUAG